UGUUCUGAUUUUAACAGAUCUAUUGAAGGCAUCAUGAAUUGGAAUAAAGGUGGACCUGGUACGAAGAGAGGCUUUGGUUUUGGUGGAUUUGCCAUAACCCCUGGAAAGAAAGAGGAGCCGAAGCUUUCUCAGCAGUCUCACAGUGCUUUUGGAACAGCCGGUUCUUCUGCUGCGUUUGCGAAAUCAGGACCUCCACAGCUGCCUUCUUUCUACAAAAUUGGGUCAAAGCGAGCGAAUUUCGAUGAAGAAAAUGCGUACUUUGAGGAUGAAGAGGAGGAUAACAGCAAUGUUGACUUGCCAUACAUUCCUGCAGAGAAUUCCCCCACUCGCCAGCAGUUUAAUUCCAAAUCGGCCGACUCUGACAGCGAUGAUGAUCCUCUGGAGGCAUUCAUGGCUGAAGUGGAGGAUCAAGCUGCUCGAGACAUGAAGAGGCUGGAGGAUAAAGACAAGGAAAAAAAGAAUGCUAAGGGUAUUCGAGAUGACAUUGAAGAGGAAGAUGACCAAGAAGCUUAUUUUCGCUACAUGGCUGAAAACCCCACUGCUGGUGUGGUGCAAGAAGAGGAAGAGGAUAAUCUGGAGUAUGACAGUGAUGGGAAUCCAAUUGCACCAUCCAAAAAAAUCAUUGACCCUCUUCCACCUAUUGACCAUUCAGAGAUUGAAUAUCCCCCAUUUGAGAAAAACUUCUACGAUGAGCAUGAAGAGAUCACCAGUCUGACCCCACAGCAGGUGGUGGAGUUACGGCACAAGCUGAACCUGCGGGUCUCCGGUGCUGCUCCUCCAAGACCAGGCAGCAGUUUUGCUCAUUUUGGAUUUGAUGAGCAGCUUAUGCAUCAAAUUAGGAAAUCUGAGUAUACCCAGCCCACGCCUAUACAAUGUCAGGGUGUUCCAGUUGCCAUGAGUGGCAGAGAUAUGAUUGGGAUAGCUAAGACUGGAAGUGGAAAAACAGCAGCCUUCAUCUGGCCGAUGCUGAUUCACAUCAUGGAUCAAAAGGAGCUUGAACCAGGAGAUGGCCCCAUUGCAGUGAUUGUAUGCCCGACCAGAGAGCUUUGCCAACAGAUCCAUUCUGAAUGUAAGCGCUUUGGAAAGGCGUACAACCUGCGCUCAGUAGCAGUCUAUGGAGGAGGGAGCAUGUGGGAGCAAGCCAAAGCCCUCCAGGAGGGGGCAGAGAUUGUGGUCUGCACACCAGGUCGUUUGAUUGAUCAUGUGAAAAAGAAAGCUACAAACCUUCAGAGAGUCACUUACCUUGUGUUUGAUGAAGCAGACAGAAUGUUUGAUAUGGGGUUUGAAUACCAGGUCAGAUCAAUUGCAAGCCACGUGCGUCCGGAUAGACAGACCCUUUUGUUCAGUGCCACCUUCCGUAAGAAGAUUGAGAAAUUGGCCCGAGAUAUUCUGAUCGACCCAAUUCGAGUGGUGCAGGGAGACAUUGGAGAGGCAAAUGAAGACGUUACUCAAAUAGUGGAGAUUUUCCCCUCUGGUCCCAGCAAGUGGAACUGGCUGACACGGCGCCUUGUGGAGUUCACAUCUUCUGGGAGUGUUCUCCUGUUUGUCACUAAGAAGGCAAACGCUGAAGAGCUGGCUAAUAACCUCAAGCAGGAGGAUCAUAACCUGGGGCUCCUUCAUGGUGACAUGGACCAGAGUGAGAGGAAUAAAGUCAUUUCAGAAUUUAAGAAAAAGGGGAUCCCGAUACUGGUAGCUACUGAUGUAGCAGCUCGUGGGUUGGAUAUUCCUUCCAUUAAGACUGUGAUUAAUUACGAUGUGGCUCGGGACAUUGACACACACACCCACAGGAUCGGGCGUACCGGCAGGGCGGGCGAGAAGGGAGUUGCCUACACCCUGCUGACUCCCAAGGACAGCAACUUCGCUGGGGAUCUUGUCAGAAAUCUGGAAGGUGCUAAUCAACAUGUUUCCAAAGAGCUGUUGGAUCUAGCAAUGCAGAACCCGUGGUUCCGGAAAUCCCGUUUCAAAGGAGGAAAAGGCAAGAAGCUGAAUAUUGGUGGUGGUGGCUUAGGAUAUCGUGAGCGUCCUGGCCUGGGAUCAGAGAGUUCUGACCGUGGCAACAACAACAGUGUGAUGAGUAACUAUGAAGCAUACAAGCCAUCAUCUGGGGCAAUGGGAGACAGACUUACAGCAAUGAAAGCAGCUUUUCAGUCUCAGUACAAGAGCCACUUUGUUGCUGCAAGCUUAAAUAACCAAAAGACUGGAAGCUCUGCUGCUGGUGCGAGUGGCUGGACCAGCGCUGGGAGCUUGAACUCAGUACCUACAAGUUCUGCACAACAAAAUGCUGCAAACCCUGACAGCCCCAUUGCAGCCACCGCAGCAGCAAAGGGCGUCCCGGGUUUCACCAGCACCGGGACUCUGAGCAGCGUUCCCACCUUUCCCAGCGUCGGAAUGCAGGGCUACAACAACACCAACAGCGCAAACGCCAGCGCCGCUAAUCGGGAAGGCAUCGGCAGCGCCGGCGGCGCUCCUCGCGGUGGCAGCGGUGGAGGCGGAGGCGGCGGCAUCGUUAGGGAACGCUACAGCGACAACAGGAACAGUCGGCACAACGAGGUCCCGCGCCGCGGGGAGGGCGGCGGUCGCUACAACGACUUGCAGCAUCACGGAGAGGGGGGCGGUCGCUACAGCGAUGCCUAUCGGCACGGGGAGGGCCGACACGGGGACAGCCAUCGCCACGCUGAGAGCCGGCACUUCGCCGACGUGGGAGGUGCCAAUCGCAAUAACGUCGACGGCAGGAAUAUCAGCGAAGGGAGGAGCAACGAGAGCAGGAAUGGUGAGAACAGGAAGGAUGCCGGCAGCCGAGACAACAAGACAGAUGGUUUUGCUGUCCCAGAGCCCCCAAAACGUAAGAAGAGCCGAUGGGACAGUUAAAAGCUGGUGCUUCACAGCCUGGGGUUUCUGCAGGUAGUGCUGUCUUUUAUCCAGAGGAUUUCUUGGUUUUUUGGUAACUGGUUGUUGAGCAGCUGGGGGAGGAGAAGGAAGCCACGCAAACUCCCCACGCGAGUCUGCGCCGUACACCUGCAGACAUUCACUCUAAUGGUGUGUACAUGCAAUGCUUAGUCAAAAAGAAAUCAUUUUGAUAAAGCUACCUGGGUUCUGCUUUUAAACGUUCAGUGCUCAAAUAACUCUGCUGGAUUUAAACAGAUCUUCUUGACAAGAAAGAAGCUGUUUCAUGUCCUUGGAACAAUAAGAAACUGUUUCAGGUUGUCUUUUCUUAACCAGCAUACCCACUUAGAAACCAGUCCAUCUAUUGAUGCUCAGGACCCACCUGUUUAACAUUAACCUUUCAGCAGUUUGUUCACUAUGGUGAGUUCUUCUCCAGUUUCUUCUUUUCACACCCUCUUUUAUCCCCAAAUAAAUUUUGGCUUCCAGAUUGCCCCUUCCAUCUCUCCCUGUCACUUAAGAAUGUAUCAAUUUUUCUUGCUUUAGGUGGGAUGGAACAAGUUGAGUUUUCUUUCCUUUCAUUUCUUAUGAAAGCUUUUGAAGGGAUCCUUCUCCAGCCCAAUUAACCACAAUUUCACAAGUAGGGGGUGGAGUCCCUGCUUUGUCUGUGGUCAGUACAGCAAUCCUGUUGCCCAGGUGUCUUUUUUUCCCUUGUAAAGAACCUCUUUUUUUCCCAAUAACCUUCAUUUGGGUGGAAGCCUGCAUAGCAAACGUGUCUCUCUGCUGUGCCUAUGCACCCUCUGUUAUGAGAGGGCUGAUUGCUUUCAAAGUAAAAACAAAAAAAGGGAAAAAAAAAA